AAGACCUUGGAUGGGGAUGCUGAGGGAGUGUGGAGCCCUGACAUUGAGCAGAGCUUCCAGGAGGCACUGGCCAUCUACCCACCCUGUGGACGCAGGAAGAUCAUCCUGUCGGACGAGGGCAAGAUGUAUGGUCGCAAUGAGUUGAUAGCCAGGUAUAUCAAGCUAAGGACGGGAAAGACACGCACAAGGAAACAGGUAUCUAGUCAUAUACAGGUGUUAGCACGGAAGAAAGUUCGAGAAUAUCAAGCAGGCAUCAAGGUUUCUAGCCACUUGCAGGUUCUUGCCCGGAGAAAAUCUCGCGAGAUACAGUCAAAGCUUAAGGACCAAGCAUCCAAAGACAAGGCUCUCCAGACCAUGGCGGCACUGUCCUCAGCACAGAUUGUGUCCCCGAGCGUAAUGAAGAGCCAGCUACCUCCUCUGCCUCAGCCAACCUAUACUCCCCCGGCCCGGUUUUGGCCAUCUUCCAUUCCUGGGCACCCACCUCCUACGCAGGACAUCAAACCUUUUGCACAAACACCAUACUCCAGCUUACAAGGUCCAGUGCCUAGCCCCCUAUCAACCUAUGAGCCAUUAGCACCCCCAUUGCCACCAGCUGCCACUGCUGUGCCAGUGUGGCAGGAUCGCACUAUCGCUUCUUCCAAGCUGCGCAUGCUUGAGUACUCUGCCUUUAUGGAGGUGCAGAGGGACCCCGACACAUACAGCAAGCACUUGUUCGUCCACAUUGGUCAGACCAAUCCGACCUACAGUGAUCCACUUCUAGAAGCUGUUGAUGUACGGCAAAUCUACGACAAGUUUCCUGAGAAGAAGGGUGGUCUCAAAGAGCUUUACGAAAAGGGCCCACAAAACGCCUUCUUCUUGGUCAAGUUCUGGGCGGAUCUUAGCAACAGCGAUUUACAGGAUGGGCCUGGCACGUUCUAUGGUGUGAGCAGUCAGUACAGCAGCACUGACAGUAUGACCAUCACAGUCUCUACUAAGGUCUGCUCCUUCGGCAAGCAGGUGGUCGAGAAGGUUGAGACAGAAUAUCCCCAUGUGGAGGGUGGCAAGUGCGUGUACCGGAUCCACCGUUCACCCAUGUGCGAGUACAUGAUCAACUUCAUCCACAAACUGAAGCACCUGCCCGAGAAGUACAUGAUGAACAGCGUUCUGGAGAACUUCACCAUCCUGCAGGUGGUGACAAACCGGGAGACACAGGAAACACUGCUGUGCAUAGCCUUUGUGUUUGAGGUAUCAACAAGUGAACAUGGGGCACAGUACCAUGUUUACCGACUUAUAAAGGACUAGUGGUCUUGCCUGCCAUGUCACAAGACUUCUUCAGACUGCCUGAGUACAAAAGAGCACACAGUCACAGAGAAUGGCGCUACACAAAAUGGACCUUAAAUAUACAGAUGGGUAUUUUUCUUCUUUCUAAGUGUUGUAAUAUAGGAAACGUAUUGUCAAGCAAUAAAACCAAAAACGCAGAACUGAGCAACAUAUUUAAACAUUUAACAACCAGCAGCUUGAAAAAGCUGUGUUUAAGUUGCAGUGAAUAUUUUUAUGUGUUGAGGACAAUUUUAAGAAGCUUGUAACCUUCCUUUUAACAAGAGCUGCAGGGGUGUUGGGAGGAAGAGGUACAAACUGGAAAUAAAAGUGAAGAUCUUAAGAUUGCUAAAGACCAGUUGUGAGACUAGUUCAAAGUUAUUUUUGAAAACUCAAGAUUGAAGAUGUUACUCCAAACUUUGCUUAAUACACUGAUGACUACCUCUUCUCCUGAAUACACAGAGGAACCUGAGAGAGAUCAAAUGGACUACAAGAACAGCAUUGUUUGGCUUUUUAAAACAUUUUUGUUGCAGAUGCACAUUCUUAUGAGUGCAGUUUAUCAGAGGGAUGCUUCAUUUGCUGCAGUCUUUGGGAUGGAGGAUUUGUGAGUUUGGAAUCAGAACAUCUGCCUAGGUUUUUUUUUUUUUUUUUUGGUAAAAAAGGAAUAGCAAAGUGGUUAGUCAAAUUUCUUGGAAGAUCAAGAUGGAUUUCCAGCCCCCACAUGAGCCAGGACCUCUCUGACACAGAUUUGAUGUCAUUUUGGAAGACAGAAGAGUGUUGUAAGGUUGAAACCAGUGUGAACUAAAUGAACUAACCCUAAAAUGUGCUUAAUUAUAUAUAAUGCAUUCAUGUGACAUGCCCUGUUUGCUUGCAGUUGUGGUUGGAGCCUGCAGGAAGAUCUCUUAUAUAAGGAACAAUCUUAUGACAUAUAUGUUUGUCAUUGUGGAACUCUGGAAACUGUAUUAUGGCACACAGGCAGCUGCUCUUUCUUGACACAGGGAGAGAUGGAGGAAAGUAUUAAGGAAUGUUCUCUCCCUUCUCCAGGUGUUCUAUUUUAAUGUUGCUCAGAGUUGUUAACAGUGCUGGAUGAAGCAGAAACAUUAUUGCUUUGUUUUUUGAUAUACUGCUCUUGAUUUCUUUAGAUAUGGAAGGAGAAGGCCCUGGUCUUUUGAUUACUUAUAUUCACUGAGACACAUUGGUCAUGUUUCAGUAAGUAAAUCUAUUGCACAGGCAUUUCACAUUCUAUGCCAAUUUUAAUAAGUGGGUGAAAGGCUAGAAUGCCAUAAAAUAUUUAAAGAAAAAAGUCAAACGCUAACAACUGAGUAAAUCAAAGACAAAUGGAAACAAGUGCAGGUAGAUCCUCCCUGAUGACCGGAUCACAGGCAUUGACAAGCUGACCAGACUCCCUGCUGUCGAAGUAUUCAAUGCCAGGACUGCAUAUUGGACAAUGUAUUGAUUGGAAGACCUCAUAUUUUUUUGAGUUUUGCAACAGGUUUAUUGCUGCCUAAAUGAAAUCAGCAUUACUGCACUUAGGGCCUCUCCUUCAGCCUGCCUUUUUCCAACAAUUUAGACAGUGCCAACUAGCUUUUCCUUUUCUAAAUCUGUAGUUGUACAAGUUAUGCUCUCUGCUGUGAGAGAUACAGAUGUGGAUUUUCAGGAAUUGCUGAAAUUUGGUGUGUAUAGGAGGUUUUUUUUAGCAUGUGGAGUGUAACGGGACAUACAGACUUGAACGUUUAAUUUUGUAAUUAUGACUACAAGUAAAACCUAGCCACAGAGGCCAGUGGAGAGUGUCAGGAAAGAAAAACCCACUGGGGCUUCAAUCUUUGCUCGGCCCACAGUAGUUGUGCCUUACUUUAUAUGCUUUAUUUAACUACUUUCUUGUUUUCUACAUAUAUGUCUGUGUGCGUGUUUUUUAAGACUUUUGACAGGAGCCUCAUCAUUUGGUUUUACCUGUUGAUGUGGAUAUUUUCAUUAUGUCAAGUAUUUUAAGAUGACUAGUGUCGGUGAGUUUCCUGUUAUCUGGUGGUGCACUCUGACCCUGCUCCAAAUUGGUACUUCCAUGAUCUUGUACUUUUGUUGGUACAGUAUGAUGGGUUUGAUAUUAAUCGUUGCAUUAUGUAUAAUCUACCAUUUAAAAAGCAUGGUGACUAAAGAUUCAUUU